AACAAAUUGCAAUCUUGUAAAUUCAACUAGCGCCAGAGCUGCCAAUUUGUUUUAAAUUAAACAGUUGAUAUUGCUUCUGAUUAUCCCGCGCAGUUUCCGCGUUUAUCCAUUGCAACGAAUUGCGAAUUUUCUAAGCUAUUGUUUAUAUAUUAUACAACAUGGAUACCAAGCGGAAAUUUAAUGGCAAUGGCAACACCAAUGGUCAUUCUAAAAAGCCCAGAAAUUACGAUGACGACGACGACAUGGGCGGUGGAUUUGAAUCGGAACUGGCUGCAUUUGAGGGACUAGACGAUCUAGAUCAAACACAGUUGCUUGGCGAAGGACCUGAGAACCAACAAACUAGCGAACGCUGGUCUCGUGCGGUGCCUCCUGAACUAAACCCUGCCGAAGACAGCUUAAUCUUUCAACAGCUGGAUAUAGAGAACUAUGUUGGGCAACCGCUGCCAGGCAUGCCCGGCGCCCAGCUAGGCCCGGUACCUGUGGUCCGCAUGUUUGGGGUCACCAUGGAGGGCAACUCCGUAUGCUGCCACGUCCAUGGUUACUGUCCAUAUUUCUAUAUAGUCGCACCAAGCAACUUCGAAGAGCGGCAUUGCUCGGAGCUGCACGAGGCGCUCGGUAAGAAGGUAAUCGCUGACAUGCGCAGCAACAAGGAUCAUGUACAAGAGGCCGUGCUGGCCGUGGAGCUAGUGCAGCGACUCAACAUCCAUGGCUAUCAGGGCGAUACCAAACAGACGUAUAUCAAGAUUACUGUUACGCUGCCCCGUUUUGUAGCUGCUGCCUCGAGACUGCUGAAGACGGCAGUCAUCAUGAGCUCCUUCGAUUUUCAGGACUGUCGUGCCUUUGAGAACAACAUCGACUUCGAUAUCCGCUUUAUGGUGGAUACACAGGUCGUAGGCUGUAAUUGGAUUGAGCUACCUCCAGGGGUUUGGCGUCUACGUGGACGAAACUCCAAGCCAGAGCCCGAAUCUCGUUGCCAGCUCGAAGUCGACGUCGCCUACGAUCGGUUUAUAUCGCAUGAACCGGAAGGCGAAUGGUCAAAGGUGGCGCCCUUGCGUAUACUCAGCUUCGAUAUUGAAUGCGCCGGUCGCAAAGGCAUCUUUCCGGAAGCGAAAGUCGAUCCGGUCAUUCAGAUAGCCAACAUGGUCAUCAGACAGGGCGAAACGGAGCCCUUCAUUAGAAAUGUGUUCACUUUAAAGGAAUGUGCACCCAUCAUAGGCAGCCAGGUGCUGUGCUUCGCACAGGAGACGCAGCUGCUGGACAAGUGGGCGGCCUUUGUGAGAGAAGUGGAUCCCGACAUUCUAACCGGCUAUAACAUUAACAAUUUCGACGUGCCCUAUCUGCUGAAUCGUGCUGCCCAUUUAAAGGUGAAGAACUUUGAGUAUUUGGGACGCAUUAAGAACAUCCGUUCAGUCAUCAAGGAACAGGUGUUGCAGUCCAAGCAAAUGGGCCGACGAGAGAAUCAAUAUGUUAACUUCGAGGGCCGGGUGCCCUUCGAUUUGUUUUUCGUGCUGUUGCGGGAUUACAAAUUGCGCUCGUACACGCUGAAUGCUGUCAGCUAUCAUUUCUUGCAGGAGCAAAAGGAGGAUGUGCAUCACAGUAUUAUUACAGAUCUGCAGAAUGGGGACGAGCAGACGCGUCGCCGUUUAGCCAUGUAUUGUUUGAAGGAUGCCUAUUUGCCGCUGCGUCUGCUCGGCAAGCUGAUGGCCAUUGUCAAUUAUAUGGAAAUGGCGCGUGUGACGGGUGUUCCACUUGAGUCCCUGCUCACACGUGGCCAGCAAAUCAAGGUGCUUAGCCAGCUGUUGCGUAAGGCCAAGACACGAGGAUUCAUAAUGCCAUCGUAUACGUCGAGCGGCUCCGAUGAGCAGUAUGAGGGUGCAACGGUAAUAGAACCGAAGAGGGGCUAUUACGCAGACCCCAUUAGCACGCUCGAUUUCGCCUCACUGUAUCCGAGUAUAAUGAUGGCCCACAAUCUCUGCUACACCACAUUGCUGCUGCCUGGCACCAAGGAUAAGAUGAACUUGAGCGAUGAUCAAAUUGAACGCACUCCGGCUAACAACUUCUUUGUAAAAGCAGAAUUGAGACGUGGAUUGUUGCCCGAGAUUCUGGAGUCUUUGUUGGCGGCUCGAAAGCGCGCCAAGAACGAUCUAAAAGUGGAGCAGGAUCCGUUCAAGCGACAGGUGCUGGAUGGCCGGCAGCUGGCACUGAAAAUCUCUGCCAAUUCGGUUUACGGCUUUACUGGCGCCCAGGUGGGUAAAUUGCCUUGCCUCGAAAUCUCGGGCAGCGUUACCGCCUAUGGACGCACAAUGAUUGAGUUGACCAAGAAUGAAGUGGAAUCACAUUAUACACGCGCCAAUGGCUAUGAAAACGAUGCAUUCGUUAUUUACGGCGAUACUGAUUCCGUAAUGGUGAACUUUGGUGUGAAAACCUUGGAGCGCAGCAUGGAGCUGGGCAGAGAGGCCGCCGAUUUGGUUAGCUCGAAAUUUGUGCGUCCCAUUAAACUGGAGUUCGAGAAGGUCUACUAUCCCUAUCUGCUGAUCAACAAGAAGCGCUACGCGGGCCUCUACUUCACCAAGCCGGACAAAUAUGAUAAAAUGGAUUGCAAGGGCAUCGAGACAGUGCGUCGGGAUAACUCGCCAUUGGUGGCCAACCUGAUGAAUUCGUGCCUGCAGAAGCUGCUCAUCGAACGAGAUCCUGAUGGUGCUGUGGACUACGCCAAGCAAGUAAUAGCGGAUCUGCUAUGCAACCGCAUAGAUAUAUCUCAGUUGGUCAUAACCAAGGAGCUGGCCAAAACGGAUUAUGCAGCCAAGCAAGCACACGUGGAGCUGGCAGCAAAGAUGAAGAAGCGCGAUGCAGGCACAGCGCCUAAAUUGGGCGAUCGUGUGCCCUAUGUUAUUUGUGCAGCAGCCAAAAAUACGCCGGCAUAUCAAAAGGCAGAGGAUCCCCUGUAUGUGCUGGAGAAUAGCGUGCCCAUUGAUGCCAACUAUUAUUUGGAACAGCAGCUGUCAAAGCCACUGUUGCGCAUCUUUGAGCCCAUACUGGGCGACAAAGCGGAAUCGGUAUUGCUCAAGGGCGAACACACUCGCACACGUACUGUGGUCACCUCCAAGGUGGGCGGAUUGGCGGGCUUUAUGACUAAGAAGGCUUCGUGCAUCGGCUGUAAGUCUCUUAUGCCCAAGGGCUAUGAGGAUAAGGCUCUGUGCCCGCACUGUGAACCCAAGAUGAGCGAACUUUACCAAAAGGAGCUCUCAUCCAAGCGGGGCCUGGAAGAGACCUUUGCUCGUCUAUGGACCGAAUGCCAGCGCUGUCAGGGGUCACUGCAUGAGGAGGUCAUCUGCUCGAAUCGUGAUUGUCCCAUUUUUUAUAUGCGCCAGAAGGUGCGCAUGGAACUGAGCACACAGCAAGGCCGUGUGCAUCGCUUCGGACUGCCUGAAUGGUAGUUGAUUGUUUCACAUACAUUAUAAACCUAUAAUUUAAUAAUUAUA